CGGAAACAUCUAGUAAGCGGCUAUUUGCCGUCUACAAUAUAAUUCAUGGAUGCCCCUGCAGAGAUGGGAGACCACAUCCUUGGUUUCACCACUUUGCUAUUCUACAAGCCACUUCUAGGAGCAUACGCUCGGGCUUUUUGCAAUGGCUGAGAAAGUGAACAACGAUCUCCCGAUCUACAGACCCGACGGUCGCCGACUUGGUGUUGUCUUUGAAAACAUUACAGUAACUGGAGCAGCAGCCGAGGAGAACACAGUGACAGAUUUUGCCCAAGUCCUGGAAAACAUCAUCACAUUUCCCUACCAGGCUGUAAAACUCUUCGCUGGCAACCGCAAAAAGAACAUUCGUAACCUGAUUCAAGAUGUCUCUGGUGUCGUUAAUCCUGGAGAGACGUUGCUCGUACUCGGAACACCUGGAGCUGGAUGUUCGACCACAUUACGCGCUAUUGCUAGUGAUAUCGAGCCUUUCGUCGGCGUGGAAGGCCAAGUUAACUACUCUACUAUCUCAUCUGCCGAAGCUAGAAAGCUUUACAAGUCUGAGAUCAUCUACAACAAUGAGGAGGAUAACCACUUCCCGAAGCUCGAGGUUGGUCAGACGAUCGACUAUGCCUUGGACUUGCGUAAGCCAGCAAAGGACGAAUCGACAAAGGCCGAAUUUAAGAAUAAUAUGCGAUCCAAGCUUCUCGAUAACUUCGGCAUCCCACACACUGUCCAAACGAUCGUCGGUAAUUCAUUCGUAAGAGGUGUGUCUGGUGGCGAGCGCAAGCGUGUCUCUCUCGCUGAGGUCUUGACGACCAACCCAGCAGUGGCAUGUUUCGACAACCCGUCUCGAGGCUUGGACUCUUCUUCGGCUCUGGCAUUCUGUCGCCUGCUCAGAGAUAUGUCGCGUCAAACAGGUAUGGCCAACAUCGUCACUAUGUACCAGACUGCCGAAUCCAUCUACCAGGAAUGUUUCGACCGCGUACUCGUUCUUUACAAGGGAAGAAUGAUCUUUUCUGGACGAGCAGGUAAUGCUCGCCAGUACUUCAUCGACCUUGGAUACAUCUGCGAGCCUAGACAAACCACGCCCGACUUCCUGACAUCCGUUACUUCAGAGACCGAGAGAACAGUCCGACAAGAUCACAUCGGUCCAGUGCCUUCAACGCCCGACGAGUUUGCGCAAGCUUUCAGGGAGAGCAGAUUCUACCGCGAACUGCAAGACGAAAUUGUAGCUUACAGAUCCGAGCACGCCUCUAACCCAUCUUACGUCAAUGAUUUCAAGGCUGAGGUCCAGCGUGUUCGAUCAUCUGGUGUCUCUAAGACAGCUGCCGAGCCACACUCUCUUCCACAGCAGAUUGUCACUGGUAUCAAGCGACACUACCAACUUACUUGGGGAGACCGCAAGACAUUGUACACUCUUCUCAUGUUGAACGCCAUCAAUGCUGUCAUCACUGGUUCCGCUUUCUACAUGGCUCCCAAGACUGCCACUGGCUCUUACGAGCGCGGUGGUGCCAUCUUCUUCUCCCUGAUCUACUUCUUCCUCAACGCUCUUGCUGAAACCCCUGCGACAGUCCUCUCUCGGUCAAUCGUGGUCAAGCAAAGAAAACUUGGUCUUUCUCACCCUUCGGCAUAUGUGCUUUCUCAGACCAUUGCAGACUUGCCUAUAUCCCUUUUCCAAGCUCUGAUGUUCUCGUGUUGCUACUACUUCAUGCUCGGUCUGGGUAAGACGGCAUCUCAAUUCUUCAUCUUCUCUCUCAUCGUCUGGGUGCACUAUGGCGCUACCAGUGCUCUUUUCCGCAUGAUCGGUGCAUUGGCACCGAAUCUCAAUCUUGCUUUGUUGAUGGCUGGAGCUGCGAUAUCUCCAUGUCUGACUUAUUCUGGAUUCGCUCCUCCAUGGCCGACUCUGCACGCCUGGGGUAGCUGGAUUCGCCGCAUCUCACCUUCGCCUUGGGCUCUGGAAGCACUGAUGGGAAAUGAGUUUUACGACAUCACCCUGAGCUGCACUGAUCAGCAGAUGGUUCCCAGCGGACCUGAGUACAACAACUUGGCUUACCAGGGCUGCACCUUGCCUGGCUCAGUCAAAGGCAGCCCGGAUGUUUCUGGUUCAACUUAUCUCUCAAUCACUUACGACAUGAGUCGAGAGCACCUUUGGAGGAAUUUUGGUAUCAUAAUCGCCAUGUGGGCCAUUUAUACCAUCGUCGCUGCCGUUGGCUUGGCUUUCACCGCUCGCGAGCCGGGUGGUGCGAGUGGUCAUGUCUUCAAGCGCGGUGCUAAAACCAAUACUCUGCCUACAACCGCCAACUCGAGUGCUAUGACUCUUGGUGAACAGGAUCUGGAGAAGCAGCCCAGCCGCACUAUUCAUACCCUGACUCUGAAUCCUGUCUCAUCUGCUUCCUCAGCUACCCGCGUUGGUGAGAAUGGCAGCGAAUAUGCCAAGGCAGACGCAGAUGGCGCCUCCUUCACCUUCGAGAAUGUCAACUACUAUGUCCCUGUUGCUGGCGCUGAGAAGCAGCUUCUGCAAAACAUCAGCGCCUAUGCUCGUCCCGGUCAACUCACAGCCCUGAUGGGUGCUUCUGGAGCCGGUAAAACCACUCUCCUUGAUACCAUCAGCCAGCGUAAAAGUGAAGGUCGUGUUGAAGGGACCAUGAGACUCAACGGUCAACCUCUUGACGCUACUUUUGGAAGAUCCUGUGGUUUCGCAAUGCAGCAAGAUGUCCACGAACCAUUCUCAACCGUCAGAGAGGCCCUUCAAUUCUCUGCCGAGCUCCGUCAGUCAGCUGAUGUGCCUUACGCUGAGAAGAUGGAGUACUGCGAGUAUAUUAUCAAGCUUCUCGAACUUGGUCCCAUCGCCGAUGCCUUGAUUGGUACCCCAGGUGAGGGUGGACUUGGUGUCGAGGAGCGCAAGCGUGUCACCAUCGCUGUGGAACUCGCUGCCAAACCUCCAUACCUACUCUUCUUGGACGAGCCUACCAGUGGUCUCGACUCUCAAGCCGCAUACUCCGUUGUCUACUUCCUGCAAAAGAUCGCCAGAGAAGGCAUUCCUAUCAUCUGCACCAUCCAUCAGCCGUCUGGUGUCUUGUUCGAGAUGUUCGACCAUGUCUUGCUACUUGCCCCUGGCGGGAGAACCAUCUAUUUCGGUGCUACUGGCGAAAACUCAAAGAAGGUUGUUGAUUACUUCGAUCGUUACGGUGCUCACAUGAACGAAUCUGAGAACCCUGCCGAAUUCAUUAUCUCGACUGUCUCUGGCGCAGACAACUCUGCUGCUUGGCAUGACAACUGGUUGAACUCUCCCGAGAUAGCACGCGUCGAGGAGACUAUUCGUACUAUCAACGAGAAGUCUACGUUAGCUGGUGGCUCGUUAGAGACCGGCUCUGGUCAAUUUGCCAUGCCCAUAUGGCCUCAAAUCAAGGCAGUCACUAGGCGCCAUUGGAUCUCCGUGUGGCGCGAUGGUAGCUACAACUUUAGUCGCUUCUUCAAAUUCUUGUGGUGUGAGCUCUUCAUCUCAUUCACUUACUUCAUGGUCAAGACGGACAUUCAAGGCUUGCAGAACAAUGUUCUCAACCUUCUCAUCAUUGUUCAGAUCAUUCCUGCUGUCGCGCCCGACCUCCAGUCAAUGUGGUUCAGCAAGUGGGCCAUCUUCGAAGCUCGCGAGAGAAACGGCAUCUAUUCAUGGAAAGCUCUCACCACUGCCAUGUUGUCAGUUGAGAUGCCCUAUAUGCUCGUCGGCUUCACUUUGAUUUACUUCUGCAUGUACUGGACCGUCGGCUACACAAACGAGAGCGCCAUUGCCGGUUACGAGUACCUUCAGUUCAUCACCUGCGGCAUCUUCGCCAUGACCUGGAACUUCCUUCUCGCCACCAUCUUCUCCAACAUGCAAACCUGUGGUCUUGCAUCUGCUCUGUUCUGGAACAUUCUCAUGGUCUUCAGCGGCACACUCAUUCCUCAUGCUUCGCUCAACGACUUUUACCGUAAUUGGCUGUACUGGCUCGAUCCUUUCCGCUGGUUCUUCGGUGGCAGCACUAGUAACCUUCUCAAGCCUGUUCCUGUCGAUUGCUCGGCGAAUGAUCUUGCUCGCUUUGAUCCUCCUACUGGUCAGACCUGUGCGACAUAUGCUGCUGAGUACCUCUCCCGUAGCACUGGAUACCUUGUCAACCCUGACGCUACUUCUGAUUGUGGUUACUGUCCAUACUCCACAGGAAGCGAGUAUGCUGCUACCAUGGAUUUUCACUACGACCAGAGAUGGCGUGACUGGGGCAUCUUCUUGGUGUUUGCAUUAGUGUCGAACAUUGCUCUGAUCUAUUUCAUUACUUGGUUCACCAGGGUGAGAGGCAGGCAGGCAAAGAGUGCUUGAUUCAUUUUUCGCAUCUUCUGUUUGAAGUUUGGUCCUACAUUUUCUCGCUCUGCAUUUUGCAUAUACAUAUAUACCCGCUAGACUUUUGAUAGAUAAUUCAGCCUCUGGAGGCUGCUCAAUUGAUACAUACAUAUAGACACAGACCAGAUCACUUUUGAC